GACGCGACGCUACACUCGGCGGAUUGCUGCUGGUCCAGGCUCUCGUCUCUCCUCGCCGAAUCUCGGCUGCGGGACGACCGCGCGUCUAUCGCCACACAUUUCCCAUCGUACGCCGCUUUUUCUUCCGUCGCCCGGCGGUUUCUCCGGUUCCCCGCGGAACACACGGCACGUAGAAGUCGGGAAAAACGCGGCGAAUUCCGCGCGCGUGAGAAACGCGAGCGGAAAGAGCAAGAGAGAGAGAGAAAGAGAAGAGUUCUGCUAUUUUCGAGACGCCGCGGAGCCUUGCCAAAGCGUGGCCCGCGAAAAAGCGAGAAUCGCGGCCGGAAGGUCGCGCGACGGUCCGCAUUUCCGCUCGAUCGAUCCCCCUCGAGAUCGUCGAUCGACCGCGAGAACAACGAUCACGCCGACGUGCGCCGAUCUUGGGGCAUCGGACGGAGUUUCAAUAUCGAUAUACAACUUUCCUGUGAACCGACGAUCGACGAUAUCUCGCCCGCGAGAUCGCGAUCUUGUGACAACUCGCGGAGGAAUCGCGCUCGUGGAAAUAACGGCUCGCCGAUAAUUCCGUUUGUCGCUCGGGGGUGUCCGGGGGGGUUGUCGAUCCACGGUGUGCGGCAGCUCUAUCUACUUAAUUAAUCUCGUUCGCCGUCGGAUAAAGCCGUCGGCGUGAAAAUGUCGUGAGAGAGCGCGGCAACAAAUUGGACACUCGGCCGUAAAACGGCCGAUACACGUUGACGCUGCUUGCCGUAACAAAGUCAUCACUCGCGCGCGCCUGCCCCUUCUCGGUGAGGUUUCAGUGCCCGGUCAUAUUUCCCGCUCGCGGGCGAAGAGAGACGAUAUCCCGCGGGCGCUUUUACGAGCGGGACGCGACCCUUAGGACUCCCCCGUGGUAAUAGCCGGGCGACAUUGACGAGGGGGGGGGGGAGGAGAGACGAGGAGGAAGAAAAAUCGGCCGCUGUGCUCCGAUCGGUAAACAGCCUUCGGUUCGAGUCGCUUUUACGAGGCUGGCCGCGUUUAUCGGCUGUAAAAUACACGCGGCUAGUCGGCCGAUAACGCUUCGCUAAAUCAUUUGACGCGUUUAUGAGAUAAGACGAGUGUUCGGGUGGAAGAAGGGAAAUUGAGGAGAAGGACACUGAUCGAUUGAUAAACACGGUUCACGAUUCAACGAAAUCGAGUGGAUCUCGCACUCUCUUUUUUUUUUUUUUUUCGGCCGACCUGUGGCGCGAGGAGAAGCCGAGAGGAAGAGUCGGGAGGGGGCGCGAUCGAGUCGAUCAAGGUGAUUCGAUCGGCGGAAAGCGGGUGAAAGUUCGGUUGAAUGAAGACGACCGGAGAGAAGAGGCGGGAAUGAAGAUGAACGAUGCGCGUGUCGAUCGAUAGCCAUUGAGAGUACGCGCGUUUGUUUGUGCACAAGGACGCGGAGGAAAUAAAAAUAGAGGAUAUCGGGAGAAAAGGGGCGAAAACAAAGGAAGAGGGAAGGAGAGCGCGCGGAGGUCGAGGAAAGCGACGGGAAAAAUGCGAGCCGAUCGACGGCGAUCGAGAGCGGCUCGUGAUCGGCGCGCCGCGACCGAGAAUGGAGGAUAAAUUUAUCCGCGUCGCGCGCGGGGAGGAAUGCGGCAGAAACGCGAGGAGGAAGAGUGUGCACGGAGUGUACGUAGUCGCAUUUCCGGUUUAAAUUUAACUGGGCGAUGAUUCGCACGCUUUCGCAAUUAGCCGCCAUGGAGACCACCGAGCUCAACUGGAGAGCGUACGAUGUCGGAAGGUGGACGUGCAGUGAUCUGGCUCCUAGUAUCAGCCCUUCGUGCUGCACGUCACCCGGAAGAUUCGCGUACUAACCGACCUCUGAGUUGGGCACCUGCGUGUGUGCGUGUGUCGAAACCACCCACCGGUUGAAGGGUGUAGUACCGCACCGUAAUCCCAUGACGCAUUUAACACAUGGCCCGCCUGGAGAUACCAAGCAUAGUGGUGUAUAAAGGAAGCAGGUCGCAGGACCGACCUGAGAGCCCCACGGUGGUGGUGCGCGGAGGAAUGCCCUCACUGCCGUCCUCCAGGCAAGGCCUCGCCGUAAGUGGUGGCUCCGGUGGUGGUGCACCUCACCAGGACGCCUCGGAGUCGGAUAUGAUAGACGGGAAUGCCAACCCCAACGUCAGCACCACCCCCGCAACGAAUUCGCUCCACCGUCCCGCGUCCUCCUGCCCGCCGCCACCCGACAAAUCGGACACCGACAACAAGAUCUUCCGCAAUCGAACGAAUACUGCGAAAUUGAAACUGCUGGUCAGAAGUCAUGCCAUGAGAGAGUCGACAUCACCGCCGCGGGAACCGCACGGCGGCAACGGCUCGUCGUCGCCGCACAGUCCGCAGUCCGCGGACGGCGAGAAGAGGAUCGUGUGCAGCCUCUCGCCGAAUUCCAACGGCGCCAAGCUCAACAACAACGAGUCGAUGUACAACAGCAACUUAUGCCCCGCUCAAUCUCCCAAGCAAAUGCGCAAUACCGCGACCUCGCCGACCUGCCGGACACCGUCGCGAAAUGGUCAAUCUAGUCCCUCUCAGAUACACUCACCAAAGAGCAUCACUUCUCCGACGAACGGCAAUAAGUUGGAGAACCAUCGUUCCAAGUUCGCGGGCGCGAAUAUCAUUCAGAAAUGCAAUAACUGCGUGAAGAACAAUCAGAGCGAGCGGCCGGGCCUGCUGCAGACCCCGGUGUCGCCGUCCAGGUCCGGCCAGGCGCUGCAGCACUCGCCGAAAAGCACGAAUCUCGCGCCGAGCGCGCCGAACAAUCAGCACAAGUCCGAGCAGCGCAGGCCGAACACGCUGAACAUCUGCAAUAAUCAGUGCACGGCGCAAUGCGGCAACACGCUCUCGGUGAGCAGGCCCGGCUCCAGGCACAAGCUCAGACAUCAGAACUCGUCCCAGGGCAGCUAUGACAGCGCGUCGCCGUGCCUCUCGCGCGACAGCAGCACGGAGCUGUACACGGACAGCACCGGGAUAGAUUUGGAGCAAUUUAUCGCCGAGACGAUAAACCGCAAUCAGAAAGACCGCACGGUGCUGCUGAAGAUCGAGAAGGAUCUGAUCGAGUUCGCGAAGGACCGGCAGAAGGGCUCGCACAAGUUCCCGAACAUGUCGUCGUACAACAGGAUGCUGGUGCACCGGGUGGCGGCUUACUUUGGCAUGGAGCACAACGUGGAUCAGUCCGGACUAAGCGUCAUCGUCACGCGGACGAAGAAUAUGCGGAUACCGGACACCCGUUUCAAGGAGCACAUCAGGGACGACCUGAUUCUGUCCGAGGAGCCGCGACGGAGUAUCUUGAAACGGGACUCGAGUUCAUUCGAGGACAGCUUCAACUUCAAAUCGCCGGACAGGCUGUCGGGCGAUUACUGCCGACGCAGCAAGAGCUUCGAGGAGCGGGAGGAGGAGUACGAGCGCGCCAGGCGAAGGAUAUUCAAAGAUAGCAGCUGCGAGAGCGGCGAGGUCACGUCCUGGCCGUGGUCCUCGACGGAGAGUUCGGACGUCUCGGCGAGGUAUCGCCUGCUGCAUCCUUCGGAUCACCUGAUCAGGCAAAAUCGACUCCUGAAGGGCGAGUCCUUCGACGGUAGGGACUCGUUCCGCGGCGCCGUACUGCGCCCCUCUGUUUCUAAGUCAUUCAGCUUUGGUGGUUACACGAAGGGCAUGCUGUCGCGAGGGGACAGCGUGACGUCCACGCACAGCGCGGGAGCUCGUCUCAUGAAGCAAGAUUCCGGGGCCAGUAUGUGUUCACGUUUGAGCCCGAGUCGCUCGAGCAGCGGCUACAAAUCGCAGAGCCAGCGAAGUGACGCGACGAUAUCGCCGUCGCCAUCGCCCUCGCCCGUGCCAGCCGCCAUGACGUGCAGCCACACUCAAGUAUCUAGUCAAGACUUAGCCUCGCCGGAGUCAAGCGGCGGCCAGACGGUUAUGUGGGCGGUCAGCAGUUUAUCGAGCGUGCCGCCUGGCAGUAUAAUAAUAAAUCCGCAAACCAAUCAGCCGUACACGAACGCAGACGGCUCGAUCUACCGUUACGAUCCGGACAAUCCGCCAAAGUUUUUUAAUAUCGAGAACGAGAACAACAACGCGGUGCCGUCCGCGACCAGCAAGCAGCAACAGCAGCAGCAGCAGCACGCGGAAAUACCUCCCGAGCCGUCGAGAACGACGUGCGGCAAUCCCAAGGGCGACGGCAAGAAGCAGCGAUCAUCGCAGUCGAAGAUGAACGCCGCCGGCGCGACGUCCGGCACUCAAGUGACGAACACGGCAACGUCACCGAGCCUGCCGUUCACGCCGCCGCCACCGCCGCCGCCGCCUCCUCCUCCCCCUGCUCCUGCUCCGCAAAAUCCGCCUAUUCCGCAACAGCAGGCGCAGCACCAGCAGCAGCCGCAGCCGCAGCCGCAACCGCAAGCAGCGCAGCAGCAGCAGCAGCAGCAACAAAGUCUAGUCAAAUCGUCGGCGACGGUGCAGACGUGUAGUCAUACUAACCAAACGGCUCAACAACCGUAUGCGAGUUACGUACCUACCUCAGAACCGUACAACCAGGGUGUCUAUCCGCCCCACGUGGGGCAACCGGCUGUGAUGAUGGCGCCUCAUCCGACUCAGGGUCAAGCGAGCGUGCAAAACGGCGGUCAGGGGGAUGUUGUCUUUCAUAAUCAGAGUCAGCUCUAUGCCAAUUACGCGGUACCUGUGCAUCAAGGACCAAUGCCACAGUCGGGGGACGUGGCCGAUUUGUCCGGAUACUUUUUGGGAAUGAAUAUCUACGAUCAGCGCGGCAGCGGCGACAGCCACACCACGCCGCCGCACUCCGCGUAUCCGCAACCGCCGCCAUCCACGACUCAAGCCAUGCAAAACGUGCAGACGGUGCAGCCGAAUUAUUGGCAGCCACCACCGAGUCAAAUACCACCUCAGCAGACUAUGUACUUUGUGCCUCCGCCUGGAACGGCAAUUUCCGUCGGUCAGAAUCCAGGCGACAGGCAGCAGCUGCAUCAGCAACAAAGGUUCCCGACGAAUUACUCUUUCAACACGCAAACCAUGACGCCUCCGAGCCAAGCAAAUUCUAAUUACGUAGGCAGUUACCCGGUACCCUACAAUUCAGUGCCGGCAGUGACCCCGACGCCGAGCGACUAUACGUAUCAACCUCCAGUCCAUAUGGUUCCUACGUAUUAUCCGCCGGGACAACCGACGAUUCAACCGCCGCCUGUGAUGUACAGAGUACCUACGCCACCGAAUACGCCAACGUCCAGUCAGAUACCCGGUAUGCCGUUGAUGUACGUGAACUCGAGCAGCUACGCCGCCCCGGCGAUGGUGUCCGGCGGGACGUACGGCCAGGUCGCUCACAACGGCGCUUCGCCAGCUCCGCCCGGCGCGUACAUGACACCCACGCUGGUACCCAAUCUCGUCUUCAGGCAAAACGUUCCUGUCGUUCCCGGUGUUCGAGCGACGACGCCAGGCAACUCCCAGAGGGCCAGUCGGUCCCCGACCCCGGCGCACGAGCUCUUCGGAGGUGGGAGCGGAGACAGGAGCGCGCAACCUCAACCACGUUACCCACUGCCAAUGUAUCAGGGUGUCCAUAUUGUGCAAGGAGAUAUGAGAUUGAUGCAUCCUGGCGUACCUACCAACCCCAGGUUGCAGUAUGCACCAGUAUCAUCACCGCCUGUUGUUCAAGGUUGCCCGCGACCGUACAGGCCGCCUUCUUAUUCGUCUAAUGCCUCGGGGGCCGGCACGCCGACCUCCUUCGACGGCAGAAAUCAGAAGAUACGCAAACAGAGGUCCAAAGUAACGUCUUUGCCACCGAGCGGCGCGCGGCCCAAUUUCUAUCAGGCGCCUUCCAUGCCGUCACUCUCGUCGAACGUACCCAAAGACAUCAGAGAAGGAACAGUGAAGGUGACGAUCACCCGUCGGAAUCAGCUGGUGCAGUUCUGAGCGAAACGAGCCGGCAGGACAGCAAUCGGGGCUUCGACAUCGCCCGAUAACGAUCGGCGGCAGCCCAUUUUACCGUUCGGAGAUACGAGAUGUAUUCCUAACGCUACAUUUAUUACCCUAAAUUAUUGAAAAGAGAGUCAAGAGGAACGCUGUUAAGAUAUAAUGUGCGCGCGUGUAUUCUAAGUGAAAAAGUGUGGGGGAAGUGACAAUAUGCCGUACCGCGGAUUUUUUUUUUUUUUUCUUUUUCUUUUUUUUUUUUCUCGGAUAACACGAAGGACGAAAUUUGAUUCUCACUCGGGCGGCCUUUCGCAGCACCGAGCGUAUCUGAAUUACCAUGACAAUGCGGAAGCGCGGGCGCAAGGAAAGAGAGACACAAGACGUUAUCGCACGCGCGGCGUUUCCCAAGCGUGAAGAACGAGCGAAUCACCGGUGCGCCGGAGCAAGAGUUACUGGACAAAAUUUUAAUUACUACUACAAUACAUUAUUAUACAUGUAUGUGUAUAUACAUGUACAUAUGCAUAUGUACACAGUAUAUAUAUAAUACUUGAAGAUAUUUUAACUGCGGUUUUACAGAUACUAUAUGAAUGUGAGAUUUACUUUUAAGAAGCAUUAUACCGUUUAAGAUCAAGCACACACACACACACACAAACACGUACACAGACACACAGACACGCGAAUUUCCCGAGGCGGUCAUCACGCGGCGAUCUCCGACCGCCGAGAGAAUACGAUGAUGUAAGCUAAUAUACGAAGAAAAAAAACAAAAAAAAUACACUUUACUGAGUACGUUUACAACGCACGCGCGAGUCUCUUCGGCUCGGCUUUAAUUGCAAUUCCAAAGAAAAGAAAAAAAAAAAGAAGAAAGGGAUAUUCUACUAUCUGUCUAUCCGCUAAAUAUUUUGAUAAUACGCGCUGCCAUCGCAUCGGUCAACGAAUGUUGCGUUAAACGUCGCUGCCCAUUCCGAGUCCAUUUUUUGAACAAGUUGUUUGCUACCUCAGCGUAACGUCUACGAAAAUUCUAAAAGUUGCCGCUCGCGCGUUGGCGACGCCGGAGCCCUUUUACGCUUUUCCCUCUUUCUGCCAUGUAUACGUGAACGUUAAGAAAGAAAAAAAAA